AUGUCGAUCCUAAAGGGGUCCGAUGCCCUUCUUCCACAAAAUGUCUCAUAUGCCGACAUCUCCAUAAAUAUCGUAACAAUCAACCCCGACGGUAGUCUCGACAUCAAAGUUUCAUCCGAUAAAAAAAUCAAAGACAUCAUACUGUGGGCAGAGUUCAGGAACAAUUCUCAGGAAGAACAUAUUGGUGUGUUCCGGCCAAUCGUUGGACAUGCUUACACCGAAGGGUGUAGUGGACUACCCAAUUCAACGAUCACCAAUUAUGAAGAUUUUACCAACGGUGUAGCAUUUCUUGAAAACGAACCGGUCCUAUUCCACGUGUUCACCUUGGACAAACCAAUCUACAUUCAAGAAAAUAACUCCUCCUUGCCGUCGCCGUCCUCCUCCGUGUCACAAACGACCUCCUCCUCUACGUCAACAGCGGCAGGCGAAAGUGCAAAAGUUGAUGUAUCUGAUCAAGUUAGUUCGGAAGCAUCGAUUUUGCAAGGUGAUAAAUGGAAUAAUGUAAAAGUGUUGGUGACGAGUUUUUUGGCGGCAGGGAUUAUGUUGAUCUCUUAA